UUCCCCGAACUCGAAUUCCCCGCAACUCCCGUUCCUCGAAGUUCCCCGUAACCCCCGUUCCCCGAAGUUCCCGCAACCCCCGUUCCCCAGAUUUCUCGCAUCAUCCGUUACCUCAAUUCCCCGCAACCCACGUUCCCCGAAGUUCCACAACCCCCGUUUCUCUUAAAAGUUGGUCGCACCCUGCUCUAAACCCUAAUAUUUAGACGAGAAGAUAGACCAAUUCCACUAUGAUUGUGGAAAAUGUCCAUCAGGCAUUCUCGACCUUUCUCCAUACAUCAAGACUAGAGAUACAACACUCAAUGACAAAAUAAAGAAAAUAAAUAUGAGUAAUGUUCAAUGUGCCCAUUGUAACAAUAAACCAGCCUGUAAUGUGGACACAUUUUUUGAAAGUCAAUUGUUUUGUUGGGAAAAAGAGUUGAAACAAUGGACUGGAACGAAAGGAAACAGAGUUUGUGGGAAAGGCUUAUGCUUUGUUGGGACUAAUAAAAGAGAAAUGGGUAAAUUAGAAUUUGAGGUAUUUGUCGGUUAUCUGAAGUCUGGAGAGGAUGGGAGCAGGCCAUGUACCGCAAAGCUGUUGUAA